CUACCAUCAAAUGUUGCAUUAGUUAGUAAAGAUCUUUCUCCCCCACUUUUCAACCCGGGUUCCUGAUGGGCAUAAACUGGAUCUAAUAAACACCGAAUUCUUUUUUGUUCCGGAACCCAACUUUGUUAUUCGGGCUUCAUUUUGUAGAGUGAGAAAGAGAAGAAGAGUGUGUAAGUGUGAAUUAUUCAGAGGUUUUUGCUGGGGUUUAAGAACUCAACCUCAACAGUCGACGGGUACCUUUGAGAAACAAAUAGAAGUAGAACAUAUUUUGUGUUUAUCAUUUCUGAUUUUUAGGAAUUGGGAAGGAUGUUUAGGGUUUCUGCUAUAAAAAGAGUUAUUAGUUCUGAUACUACUAUUGGAAACCUAAGCCAACAACUUUUGCAAAGAUGUUCUGUGAGUGGUACUGCAAAAGGUAAAGGAAAGGUUAAGGCGGCGCAGGCAUUGAAGCGAUCCAAGGUUGCGCCAAAGAAAGGUGCAACCGGUGGAGCAGCUAGUGGUGGAGGUCGUAAGACGGGUUUGGCUGUUGAGCUUGAAGAGAUGGCUAAGAAGUGUUUGAGUGCUCCUACUCCAAUAAGAUUCUUGAAGCCAAAGGAGAGGGCGCGUGAGGCGGAGCGUGAGAAAUUAGGACUUAUUAGCAAAGAGCGCCAAAGGGAGAUGGAGAUAUUGAAGAAACAAGCCAAAGAAGGAACUGGCUUGGAGAAGCCAUCGAUUAUUGGUACUCCGGGUUUGGAUUGGAUUUCUCUAGGUUUAGUUGAUGCAGAUGCGAUUCCAAAGUAUGAGCUGACAGCUGAAGAUGGACGCAGACUUGCCAAAGAGUAUAGUAGGGUUUUGAUGCGAAGGCAUCGUGCGAGGCAGAAAGCAGAGACCACACUUUUGAGAUUGAAGAAAGAGGCUAUUGAAGCUUUGCCUGAACAUCUGAAAGCUGCCGCUUUGGUCCCUGAUAUGACUCCAUUCCCUCCAAACCGGUUCAUGGCGACACUGACACCACCAAUUGAAGGGUAUAUUGACAAAAUCAGGGAGGCAGCUGAAAGGUCAUCUGUGAAGGAAAAGCUCAGAUGAUUAUAGUUCAGAUUUCCAAGCAGUUCAGUUUCCAACAUGGCGAUCUAGACCGUUUUGUUCAGAGCAAGUCCUUUGAAGUGUGCUACUGGCCCAUAACAAUGGAACUGUGAAUCAAAUAACUUUUGUGCUUCCCAGGGAUGGACAAGAGUCCCGCCAUAUACAUAAUUUUGUGCUAUCCUUGAAAAUAGCAUCAAGUAUGCAGCCAUUUUCUCAUGAACCUUUCUUUCUCUCACCUCAUUUUUUUUAGCUGCGUUUCCAUGUUAGAAGGAACUUUUAUGAUAACUUGUCAAGAUUGUUCAACAUAAAUUUGGAGUUAUGUGGUCUA